AUGGAUGACUUCAGGACGUACUACUGUAUGACAGUGGACGGAGACAUAGCCCCGAGCGACAACUUCUGCAAAGCAGUAAACGGUGCAGUGCUCCCUUCCAUUGGUAAAUGCUGUAUCCGUUCUUCCGACUUUAAAACACACCAAGCUUUGUCAAAAGGUUGUGCAGACAAUGGACUCAUGCUCGGGCCGUGGCCGAAAGUCAUUCCCUGUGACCCAUAG